UCUUACCCGGAAGUGAUUCUAAAACGCGUCGCGGUCUGGUCUGCAUUUUACAACACGGAAUCCUGCAUUGUCCUCCAUUUUGUCGAAGCCCUGCUCCCGUGAAUACCUAAAACGGUCAUCUCACCAAAAAUGGCACCGUCUCUGGCGACAUCGAGACGAAGCAGAUUUAGUUUGUCGUUGUAGGGUGCUGAGUGGAAGUGGGGAGGUGUGAACAGGAAAGGACCCGAUUGUGCGUGAGUAGCCUAUAAAGAAUAAACAUGGACCAGGAAAGUAAUACAAAGACAUUCAGACGGAUGUGCAAUCUCUGCGAUGCACACUUUUACACUGAAAAAGAAUAUAUUACACACUAUGCAAUGUCAUUUCACAAAUUCAUGACGACAUUAAAGAAAACACAGCAGACUUAUAUAGGAAACGGGAAGACGCUGAGUGAGCAGAUCACCGAAACAGGCAAAAAGGAACCUUUAGUUGGUCUCGAGUACAUAUACGAAUAUGCAGAAGAUAGCCAAGGUGUCCGCAUGUAUGAAUGCAAACUGUGCAACUCUGCAUAUAAAUCAGAUUCCAUCUUCUUUCACGUUGUGGGAAUACAACACAGAGUUCUGUACCUGGCGAGGCAUCAUCCUAUUAUGGGCAUUGAUUCUGGCUUCGAGGUACAACAGCAAGGGCAGUACAGGAAGUUAGCCAAUAAUGCCCUGGCCAUUGAACAAACACACGGAAGGAAGAAAAUAAAUGUCGUGAAUGAAGUUUAUGUGUCAAAACCGAACGUCUGUGAAGUCAGUGAUACAGAAAGUAUUCCUGAGAUUCCUGAGGAGAUAGCAAGGGAAGUAAGUGAAGUAAGUGAAGACAGCAAGCCCCCUCGUAAAAUGAGUAAAUCGAAGAAAGCUAGGAAAGAGCGCAGAGCCCGGGAGAGAUUAUUGAAGCUUCAAGAGGAAGCAGAAGCUCGGGAAAAAGCUGAGGAUGGCCAUGUCCGAUCCUGGCAACAGGACCGUGAGCCGGAAUCUCAACGUGACAGUAGAGAAAAGCCAAGAUCGCUUCUACAAGUUGACGAUUUUGAUGCCAGACCCUUGCAGCGUGCCAGGAGCCCGUUAUCUCAGUAUGACAGAAAAGAUGAUGCGAGAAUUCAAGAACGAGAUGGUGAAUAUUAUUCCCAAUCCAGGUACCGUGAUGUUGGCUCAGUAUAUCAUUCUGACAACAGAGACAAUCCAAAAUAUCAGCAAGAUACCGUAGGUGACAUGGCAUGGCAGUACAAAACUGGAGGAGGGACAGACUUAUUGUCGGAUACUAGGGUUGGUUCUUUACCUUCUCGUAGUAUUGGUAAUAUCCCUUCAUAUCAACAAGAACGACCAUUUCCACCUGCCACUGAAGUUGUCCCACCAGUCAAUGCUACUCUUCCACUGGUUGGUGGAGGCAGCACUACUUAUCCGCUGAUUGGUGGUGUUAGCAAUACUCAUCCGCUGGUUGGUGGUGCCAGCACUACUUAUCCACUGGUUGGUGGUGGCAGCAAUGCUCUUCCGCUGGAUGGUGGUGGCAGCAGUACACUUCCUCUGGUUACUUAUCCUCCAGUUCGUAGUAGCAGCACUACUUAUCCUCCGGUUGGUAGUGGCACCACUACUCUCCCACCUGUAAGAAGUUUAGGUUCAACCUUUCAAGAUGACUUUGAUGAUGUGGACUUAAGAGUGGUUAACCCUGAUCAUGACAAACCUUCAGUUAUACGUGAGAAGGGAGACACUCCAAAUCGUAAAAGUAGCCGUAGUGAUUCCCGAUCUACCAGUCGUAAAGGCUCCUCAUCUACUUCUGCAAGCACCAAGGACCAGAGCAGAAGGCGAAAACACUCUCCAGAUUCCCGCAGUAGAUCACAUAGACACGAAAAACGAGACAGGAACUGUGAGGAUGUUGAUGUGCGGUCCGCGUUACCCCCGGGAGGUGUUUCAUUUAAAGAACUGAGGGAGGCGUAUCAAAAAAAUCCAAAUAUAGUUUUCAGCAGUGAAAAUCUUCCUCUGUGUAAAAAGAAAGAGGACAAGGAGACUGACAGUGACAUGGAAGUCUGCAGCAUGGAAUUCAGCGACUGUGAGCCAGAUGAGUUCUGGAACAAUGAAGAGAUGUUUGAUUUCUUGAAAUUCUUCUACAUUGAUAAUGAAGAGGAUGUUAAGUUUGUCUUGGAAGCCAUAAAGCAAAUGUCUGAAGCUCUGGUACGUUACAAGACACGUAAGGAGGAUUUGCAGAAUCGCAUUUUUGCGGAGAAAGAGAGGCUGGAAACAGAAAAGAAGGUGUUUUCAGAGAUUAAGAAACGAAAAGAGGAUUGGAUCAUAGCAGGAAUAAAGCCUAAAAAAAGAGUUAAACCUGACGAAAAUGCCACCCAGCAAGAGACCGACUCCCAGACGCCACUAGCAUCUGGUACAGCUCCGGCAUCUGGUACAGCACCCAAAGAGACAGUCACUAAGCCUCCACAAGGGAACAGCUCCCAGAAGACAUCCGUGUCUGGGAAGCCACCAAAAGGUCAACAAGCUGCUCAGAAACCUAAAGAGAAAAUCACCACGCCUGAGCAAGUCAUCACCUCCGCCAAGGCGAUAGUGGCUGGUAUAGCACCACUACUUCAACAACUUUUCAAGAAAUGUCAAGACCCUGACUUUCGUCCUAACCAAAAUCUUGGUUCUCCUCUUGACAUGAAGGCCCCUGUUGAUGGAACAAGACCAGAUCCUCACAGACUUUCUAACCAAAAUCCAGGAUCUCGCUUUGACACCAGGGGACCCGGAGCAGCCUUAGGGCCAGCCUCCGAAACGCGUUUCAGUCAGAAUCAGCAAAUUCCUGGUUCCAUAUUUAAUAAUCCAUAUCCUUCUAAGGAACAAACACCUUUACCAGGACAAGGAACUGGGAGAUAUUCAGGGGGUGAAACACAUUUCAAUCAGAAUCAACCUCCUGCCUCCAGAUUUGAAAAUCCAGAUCUAUCAAAGGACUUGAGACCUCUUAUGGGACCGGGAGCAGGCAGAUAUUCAGAACCCGGCAGUCGUUUUAACCAAAAUGAGCAGUUUCCUGGUCCCAGGAUUGACAGCAGUGGAUCUCUUGAUAAGAUGAAACCUCUCUUAGGUUCAGGUUCAGAAACACAUUUCAGGCAAAUUCCAGGCUCCAGGUUUGAUAAUACAGAUCCUUCUAAGGAUUCAAGACUUCUCAUGGGGCAAGGAGCAGGAAAUUAUCCAGAACCUGGCAGUCAUUAUAAACAGAAUGAGCCAUUUCCUGGUUCCCGGAUUGACAACAGUUUAUACCCCGAUAAGACAAAACUGCUACCUGGAGAAGGUCCUGAAACACAUUUCAGUCACAGUCAGGGCAUUUCUGGCUCCAGAUAUGAUAAUCAAGGCCCCUCUAAGGAAGCAAGACCUCUGGUUGGACAAGGAGCAGGCAGAUAUUCAGAACCUGCCAGUCAUUAUAAGCAGAAUGAGCCGCUUCCUGGUCCCCACGAUAAGACAAAACCACCACCUGGAGCAGGUUUCAAUCAGACUCAGGGCAUUUCUGGUACCAGAUUAGAUAAUCUGGGCCCCUCUAAGGAACUUAGACCUCUGAUGGGGCAAGGAGCAGGCAGAUAUUCAGAACCUGACAGUCAUUAUAAGCAGAAUGAUAAGUUUCCUGGUUCCCGGGUUGAUAAUAGUUUAUACCCCGAUAAGACAAAACCACUACCUGGAGCAGGUUUCAAUCAGACUCAAGGCAUUUCUGAUACCAGAUAUGAUAAUCUGGGUCCCUCUAAGGAACCAAGAGCUAUGUAUGGGCAAGGAGCAGGCAGAUAUUCAGAACCUGACAGUCAUUAUAAGCCGAAUGAGAAGUUUCCUGGUUCCUGGGCUGACAACAGUUUAUACCCCGAUAAGACAAAAGCGCUACCUGGAGCAGGUUUCAAUCAGACCCAGGGCACUUCUGGCUCCAGAUUCGAUAAUCCAGGCCCCUCUAAGGAUGCAAGACCUCUGGUUGGACAAGGAGCAGGCAGAUAUUCAGAAUCUGACAGUCAUUACAAGCAGAAUGAGCAGUUUCCUGGAUCCCGGGUUGACAACAGUGGAUAUUACGAUAAGACAAAACCACUGCCUGGAGCAGGUUUCAAUCAGACUCAGGGAAAUUCUGGCUCCACAUUUGAUAAUCUGAGCCCUUCUAAGGAACCAAGACCUCUGCUUGGGCAAGGAGCAGGCAGUUAUUCAGACACUGGCAGUCGUUUUAAGCAAAAUGAGCAGUUUCCUAGUUCCUGGAGUGCCAACAGUGGAUUUCUCAAUAACACAAAACCACCCAUAGAUGCAGACAUGGAAGCAAAGUAUAAGCAAACGCAGUGGAGUAGUGGACCAAAGACUGGAAAUCAAGGUUUCUAUAAUGAUGCACGAACCGCUACCGGGAGCGGAGGAGGAAGAUAUGGAGAGCAAUACACCCAAAACCAGUGGCAAUCUCAAACCAAUAGCAAAGCAGCACCGAGCGAGGCAAAACCUGAACCAGGGUCUCAAACUUAUCAGCCGACAGGAUCUCAAACUUACCAGCCGACAGGACCUCAGAGUCGACAGCCGACUGGAGCUCAGAGUUACCAGCCGGCAGGACCUCAAAGUCACCAGCCAACAGGACCUCAGAGUUACCAGCCGGCAGGAUCUCAGAGUUACCAGCCGGCAGGAUCUCAGAGUUACCAGCCGGCAGGAUCUCAGAGUUACCAGCCGGCAGGAUCUCAGAGUUACCAGCCGGCAGGAUCUCAGAGUUACCAGCCGGCAGGAUCUCAGAGUUACCAGCCGGCAGGAUCUCAGAGUUACCAGCCGGCAGGUUCUCAGAGUUACCAGCCGGCCGGUUCUCAGAGUUACCAGCCGGCCGGUUCUCAGAGUUACCAGCCGGCCGGUUCUCAGAGUUACCAGCCGGCCGGUUCUCAGAGUUACCAGCCGGCCGGUUCUCAGAGUUACCAGCCGGCCGGUUCUCAGAGUUACCAGGCGGCAGGUUCUCAGAGUUACCAGGCGGCAGGUUCUCAGAGUUACCAGCCGGGGGGAUCACAGAGCUACCAGCCGGCAGGAUCACAGAGCUACCAGCCGGCGGGAUCGCAGAGCUACCAGCCGGCGGGAUCGCAGAGCUACCAGCCGGCGGGAUCGCAGAGCUACCAGCCGGCAGGAUCGCAGAGCUACCAGCCGGCGGGAUCGCAGAGCUACCAGCCGGCGGGAUCGCAGAGCUACCAGCCGGCGGGAUCGCAGAGCUACCAGCCGGCGGGAUCGCAGAGCUACCAGCCGGCGGGAGCUCAGAGCUACCAGGCGGCGGGAGCUCAGAGCUACCAGGCGGCGGGAGCUCAGAGCUACCAGGCGGCAGGAGCUCAGAGUUACCAGGCGGCAGGAGCUCAGAGUUACCAGGCGGCAGGAUCUCAGAGUUACCAGCCGGCAGCAUCUCAGAAUUACCAGCCGGCAGCAUCUCAGAGUUACCAACCAACAGAUUCAACUAAAUUUCCUUCAGACAGGCAACAAGGCAAUUUGGUCAGCCAGGAUCCUCCCAAAGCUCCUGCCUACCCUCGCAGCAUUCUCAAAAACAAAACAACAAAUCUACCUUAAAGCCUUCUAAGAAAAAACAAGCAAAUAUUUCUAUGACGUUUUCCAUCAUUACGAGAAAGCACAGAGGCGCAGAUAUGAUCAAGAGCCGCGUGUUAUGGAUAAAGUCUGUUUAUGACAACAUAGUGUAACACGUCACUUUAUGAGGCCGUUAUUUCUGUAGAAUAAUACAUCCCGGAAGAUAAGAUGUGAGCUGCUGUUGUCCAGUGAUUUGUAUAUAGUUUUAAUUUUUUUUUUUUUUUUUUUCCUGUUAUGACACUUUUUGCUAUUAGUAAAAUGUGACUUUAAACCUACUUGCUGCUGCCA